CUCUGGCGGCGAUCGUUUCGGUCCAGACAUUUCGUCUGUUGCUAAAAUUGUGCGCCUACCUGGGAGGACGUAUGCUGCUAUAAGCUACAGGUGGGCUCGACCUAUCAUAGACUAAAUAGUAUACCGCGAGUUUGUACACGGAAAACUGCUUUGUUAAUAUUCUUGUCAGUUAAUUACAGAUUAUAUAGAUUUAAGAAAUAAUAGAUUGAUCAUAAUUUUAAAAUUACAAAGUUUUAUAACGUCCGAGUGGAUUAUAUAAUGAAAUAUAAUGUCAACUGUUAUACUUUAUCUCUGUUGUAGUAUGUGCAUAGUUUAUUUUCAAAACACGACGUUAAAAACACGUGCGACUGGCGUCGAAGGACGUUCUAGAUAUCAAAGUACAAAUGCCUCUAAAUAUUUAUGUACCUAGCAUAUUAGCCGACAUAGACAGAUUAAGAUAUGUUGGAAUAAUAGAUUUCCCAAUACUUGAUAAAUUAGUUUGUUUGAUUAAAAUAAUUGUCUAAUCACUAAUAACGUCAAUCAAAUUUUGAAUAAAAUAUCAUAGAUGAAUUUGCUGACUAUACUAACAAAAUCUUUCAAAAAAUGCUCAUAUAUAUAAAACAAGUUGGAGCAGCCUCUGAGAGACAACGUGUCCGUAGGCAGGUUGCGCGAGUGUGGGUAGCGCGGUGGCGUCUGCGCGCGUUGAGGUAGUUUGUUUAUAAGAGUGUGUGCGGAGGCCGUCUCUCCAGUGGCCAGCGCGCCCCGUCCGCGACAUGACCGUGCAGAGCGUUCUGUUGGUGCUGCUUGCCUGCGUCGGCGCGUGGAGCGUCUGGGCGCAAGUGGAGAAGGAGGAUAAGAAGAAGGACUGCGAGUUGCGCGCGCGCACGUCGGGCGGCUGGGUGUGCGGCGCGCGCCGCUGGUCCGAGUACGGCGGGGUCUACUACGCCAGCUUUAGGGGCGUGCCCUACGCUCGGCAGCCGCUUGGAGAGCUGAGGUUUAAGGAGUUGGAGCCACCAGAGCCGUGGAAUGACGUGCUGAAUGCGACCAGCGAGGGCCCCAUAUGUCCACAGACAGAUGUCUUCUACGGGCCCUUGAUGAAGCCGCGCAACAUGAGCGAGGCCUGCAUUCAUGCCAACAUACACGUCCCCAUCUUGGCUCUACCUUGUAAAAACGAGGGUAAAUCGGGGAAGCCGUUGGACAAAGAGGUAGGAAACACGACAGGCCUCCCGAUCCUGGUGUUCAUCCACGGCGGAGGCUUCGCGUUCGGCUCCGGGGACUCCGACCUCCAUGGGCCCGAGUACCUCGUCAGCAACGGGAUCAUCGUCAUCACUUUCAAUUACAGACUGAAUGUAUUCGGCUUCCUGUCCCUGAACUCAACCAAGAUCCCGGGCAACAACGGUCUGCGCGACAUGAUCACACUCUUGCGCUGGGUGCGCGACAACGCGCACAACUUUGGCGGCAACCCUAAUGACGUCACACUCGGCGGACAGAGCGCCGGCGCAGUAUCCGCGCAUCUGCUCACUCUGUCGCAUGAAGCGCAGGGGCUUUUCAAAAGAGCGAUCCUGAUGAGCGGCACGGCCAUCCCCGCCUUCUUCACGACGUCCCCCCUAUACGCGCAGUACAUGGCUAAUGCAUUCCUCACCGGCCUCGGGAUCACCUCUACCGACCCCGAUGACAUCCACCAGCAGCUCGUCAAAAUGCCUCUCGAGAAGAUCAUGUGGAUGAACAAACUGCUCAUUGACCAGAACGGCUUAGUGGUCUUCUACCCCGUCGCUGAAGCCAUUCACCCAGGAGUCAAAAGAAUUCUCUCUGACGAUCCCGAGAUCCUAAUACAAAAUGGCGUCGGCAAGGAGAUACCGUUGCUCGUGGGAUUUACGGACGUGGAAGCCGAGAGUUUCAGGAGGAGGUUCGAAGAGCUGGACAUGGUGUCGAGGAUUGACAACAACCCGCUACUGGUGCUGUCGCCGACGGUGAUCUUUUCUCUGCCUCAAGAGGUGGCGUUCGCUCGCGCCAAGAAAGUCAAACAGAGGUACUUCGAUAGCACGCCGAGCAUGGACCAGUACGUGAAGUUGGCGACAGAGUAUUACUUCCAGUACCCGGCGCUGAAGCUGGCGGAAUAUCGGCAGCGGAGUGGCACGCCGGUGCUGCAGUACCAGUUCUCGUACAACGCGGACUACAGCCCGCUGCGGACGGCGCUGCACCUCAACUACACGGGCGCCGGCCACGUGGACGACAUGACCUACUUGUUCCACUGCAACUCCGUGCGCGUGCCCAAGAGCGACCGCGACGAGUACAUGAAGCGGCUCAUGAACUAUCGCGUCGUCGGCUUCAUGCGAAAUAACAAUUAUGACACUUUAUGGCCUAAGAACAAUAGCGUCCAAACAUGUUUGGAAAGCCCCUCGUGGCAGCCGUACCUGGAGGAGCCGUCACUCAGGGUUCAACCCACACCGGCCGAGCUCACGCCGGACCAGCGCAGCAUGGUCGCCUUCUUUGACGGCAUCAUGGCGCGCAGCAUAACUAGCUGGGAAAUAGCCGCAAACUCAUUGACUCAAAAUUUUACGUUUUUGUUAAAUAAUUCUCUAAUUUCAGGUUUAGUGAGGUCGGUUACUAACCUUACAACUCACACGAAGUUAAAAAGUAAACCCAAAAUGUUGUCAAUAUUGUCAAUGCUAUCAAUGUAUCUGGCAGCGGUAUCAACGGAAAAUAUAGUGAUCACAACGCAAGGCAGGCUGCGAGGAACGCCGCAAGAUGGAUACGUGUCUUACACGGGCGUGCCUUAUGCUGCGAUCAGCGAACCGGCAGGGAAGUUCAAGAAAGCUGGACUAGCCCCAUUCUGGUUAGGAGUGCGAGAAGCCCUAAUACCCAACUGCUUCCCGACUUCUGAAGUGGACGAGUGCCUCCGUCUAGAUGUCCACGUUCCCAACUCGGGAUCCCCGUGGCCAGUCUUCUUGUGGGUCAGCGGCGGCAGUGGACGAUACCAGCCGCGGAAACUGGUGCAGGAAGGAGUCAUUGUUGUGGUGGUCUACCACAGACUGGGACCAGUAGGUUUCCUUUGUCUGAAUGAAGAUGCAGUACCAGGCAACGCUGGUGCGAAGGAUGUUGUGCUAGCUCUACGGUGGGUAAGAGACAACAUCGUCGCCUUCAGAGGGAACCCAGCUAAAGUAGUCGUGGCAGGUCAAGGGUUCGGAGCAGCGAUUGUAGAAGCUUUAUUGUUGUCUCCAAUGGCACAAGGAUUGUUCCACGGAGCCAUAAUGCAAAGCGGAACGGUACUAAGCCCCUGGUACUUCAAUUACGAUGCUGAAGAUAGAGCCAAUGUUCUCGGGAAUAUGUUCAGUGAAAAUGAUGACAUCACAUCCGCUCUACUUAAUGCCGACAUAGCCGAUCUAGUGGCAAAUGCGGAAAAACUUGUCAAACCAUACUUUCCAUUUGGAAUGUGUGUUGAAAGAGUCUUCAACAAGGAUGAACGCCUGUUGUCAGAACUACCUAUUGAUCUGCUUUCAUCGAAGAAAGCCUUUUCUGUACCACUCAUAAUAGGAUAUAAUAGUGACGAAGCGUACAUAUUUGCAUCGAAUCUAAAGGCAGCGAGAGUAUUGAGAAGGAUUUUGAGAGAUAUGACUUUCCUUUUACCGGAGGAAUUAAAAAUAAACAAGAGAGAAAGUUUCCAGGUUGCCAGAAAAUUAGGUGAUGUUUAUUUUAAAAACAACCUUACUAUGGCUUCUGUUCUAGCAUACCACAGAGACGCAUACUUUAUAAAUCAUAUUUAUCGAAGUGUCCGACUCCACGCAACAUCCUCACAUCACCCAGUGUAUUUGUAUCAGUUCUCGUACGUUGGUGGCGUGGGGGUGGAAGCUGAACCCGGAGUGAAAAAAACAGGAGCAGCGCACUCGGAUGAACUGGCUUACUUGCUAUCCGGGAAGGAUUUGGAAGGAGAAGACGGGACAGUCCAGCAACGCCUAGUGAAACUUUGGUCAAACUUUGCUAAAUAUUUGACGCCGACUCCUCGUCUCGGAGACUCGUCAAGCUGGGACCCCGUCGAGGCCCACAACCCUCGACUCCUCAACAUCGGGGCCGAGCUCAAGAUGGAUACGUUUCCUCACAAGAGACUUGCUGACAUGUGGGACGACAUUUACGAAAAGUACUAUUACUCGCGAUAUCGGAGCUCUAUUCAGUAGCAGAUAACACGAAAUUUUGAAGUUUCUAAUUGUAAUGGAAGAAAUACAUAAUAUUAUAUUAUUGCGACUUAUGA